GGCAGGCGGCGGUGCCCAUGGCGCUCAGCAAGGGGCUGCGGCUGCUGGCGCGGCUGGACGCGGCCGGGGACUGCAGCGUCCUGCUGGAGGCGCGCGGCCGCGGGGACUGCCUGCUCUUCGAGGCGGGCGCGGUGGCCACGCUGGCCCCCGAGGAGAAGGACGUGAUCAGGGGCCAGUAUGAGAAGCUCGCCGACGCCUACGGCUGCCUGGGGGAGCUCAGGCUGAGGGCCGGCUCCACGCCGCUGAGCUUCCUGGUGCUGGUGACGGGCUGCACGUCGGUGGGCCGCGUGCCCGAGGCAGAGAUCUUCAAGGUCACGGCCACCGACUUCUUCCCGCUCCAGGGCGAGACGCGGGAGGACGAGCGCCUGGCAGCCCUGAGGAAGAUCCUCAACUCGGGCGUCUUCUACUUCGCGUGGUCCAACGAGGGCUCGAGCUUCGACCUCACGGUGCGCGCCCAGAAGCAGGGGGACGGCUCGGACGAGUGGGGGAACUCCUUCUUCUGGAACCAGCUGCUGCACGUGCCGCUGCGGCGCCAGCAGGUGAGCUGCUGCGACUGGCUGCUGAAGGUCAUCUGCGGGGUGGUGGCCAUCCGCACGGUGUACGCGGCGCACCGGCAGGCCAAGGCCUGUCUCAUCUCCCGCAUCAGCUGCGAGCGCGCCGGCGCCCGCUUCCACACGCGCGGCGUCAACGACGAUGGCCACGUGUCCAACUUCGUGGAGACCGAGCAGACCAUUUACAUGGAUGAUGGAGUUUCGUCUUUUGUCCAGCUCCGAGGCUCCGUCCCGUUGUUUUGGGAGCAGCCAGGCCUCCAGGUCGGAUCCCAUCAUCUGAGGCUCAACCGAGGCCUGGAAGCCAACGCCCCCGCCUUCGACAGGCAUAUGGUGCUCCUGAAGGAGCAGUACGGGAAGCAAGUGGUCGUGAACCUGCUGGGCAGCAGGGGCGGCGAGGACGUCCUCAACAGGGCCUUCAAGAAGCUGCUCUGGGCGUCCUGCCACGCCGGCGACACGCCUAUGAUCAACUUUGACUUUCACCAGUUGGCCAAAGGCGGGAAGCCCGAGAAACUGGAGAGCCUGCUGGGGCCCCAACUCCAGCUGCAUUGCCAGGACUUUGGCGUGUUUGCCAGGGCUGAGCACGGGAGCCCGCGCUUCCAGAAGGGCACCCUGAGGGUGAACUGCCUCGACUGCCUGGACCGGACCAACACAGUGCAGAGCUUCAUUGCCCUCGAGGUCCUGCAUCUGCAGCUCGAGAGCCUGGGGCUGGACUCAAAGCCCAUCGCAGAGCGCUUCGCCGAGUCCUUCAGAGCCAUGUGGUCGCUGAACGGGCACAGCCUGAGCAAGAUGUUCACGGGCAGCCGGGCCCUGGAGGGGAAGGCCAAGGUGGGCAAGCUGAAGGACGGGGCCCGCUCCGUGUCGCGCACCAUCCAGUCCAACUUCUUCGACGGGGUGAAGCAGGAGGCCAUCAAGCUGCUGUUGGUGGGGGACGUGUACCCCGAGGACGCGGCUGACAAGGGCAAGAUGCUCCUGGACAACGCGGCGCUGCUGGUGACCCCCCGGAUCCUGAAGGCCAUGUCGGAGCGCCAGGCGGAGUUCACCCACUUCAGACGCAUGCGCAUCGCCAUGGGCACGUGGAACGUCAACGGUGGGAAGCAGUUCCGCAGCAACCUGCUGGGCACGGCCGAGCUGACCGACUGGCUGCUGGACACGCCCGCGCUGGCCGGGGCCACAGAGUCACAGGAUGACGGCAACCCUGCUGACAUAUUUGCUGUGGGCUUCGAGGAGAUGGUGGAGCUGAGUGCCGGGAAUAUCGUCAACGCCAGCACCACCAACCGGAAGAUGUGGGGCGAACAGCUUCAGAAAGCCAUCUCGCGCUCUCAUCGGUACAUUCUCUUGACCUCGGCACAGCUGGUGGGCGUCUGUCUGUAUAUCUUUGUGCGUCCGUACCAUGUCCCCUUCAUCAGGGAGGUGGCGAUUGACACGGUGAAGACGGGCAUGGGCGGAAAGGCCGGCAACAAGGGGGCCGUGGGCAUCCGCUUCCAGUUCCACAGCACCAGCUUCUGCUUCGUGUGCAGCCACCUGACGGCCGGCCAGUCGCAGGUGAAGGAGCGGAACGAGGACUACCGCGAGAUCACGCAGAAGCUCAGCUUCCCCAUGGGAAGAAACAUUUUUUCUCACGAUUACGUGUUCUGGUGCGGCGACUUCAACUACCGCAUCGACCUCACUUACGAGGAAGUCUUCUACUUUGUGAAGCGCCAAGACUGGAAGAAACUACUAGAAUUUGAUCAGCUGCAGCUGCAGAAAGCAAACGGAAAAAUUUUUAAAGACUUUCACGAAGGCGCCAUCAACUUUGGACCCACCUACAAGUAUGACGUCGGCUCGGCUGCCUACGACACGAGCGACAAGUGCCGCACCCCGGCCUGGACCGACAGGGUGCUGUGGUGGAGGAAGCGGCUCCCUUCCGACCGCACCGCUGCAGAACUGAACCUGCUGGACAGCGACCUCAAUGCUGACCCCAGUGUCCAGCACACCUGGUCCCCCGGCGUCCUCAAGUACUACGGGCGCGCUGAGCUGCAGGCGUCCGACCACAGACCCGUGCUGGCCGUCGUGGAGGUGGAGGUGCAGGAGGUGGACGAGAGCGCGCGUGACCGGGUGCUCCAGGAAGUGUCCUCCUCCCAGGGGCCCCUGGAUGCCACCGUCGUGGUCGACCUGCAGUCCCCGGGCUCGGAGGAGAAGGACGAGUUCCCGGAGGACGUGCGUGCCGAGCUCAUGGAGACCCUGGGCAGCUACGGCACCAUCGUGCUGGUCAGGAUCAACCAGGGCCGGAUGCUGGUGACAUUUGCCGACAGUCACUCGGCGCUGAGCGUCCUGGGUGCGGACGGCAUGAAGGUGAAAGGCAGAGCUGUGAAGAUCCGCCCCAAGACCAAGGACUGGCUGCAGGCCCAGGUGCUCCGGCGGCGGGAAAGCGCGGCCUCGAUGUCGCCCACGGCCGGGUCCUGCUUGCUGGAGGAGAGCUUCGACUUCUCGAGCCUGGACUACGAGUCGGAGGGGGAUAUUCUCGAGGAUGACGAGGACGACCUGGGCGACGAGCUGGGUCCGACGGCGGCCCUGGAUGCGGAGCUAGGUAGGGACGAGCCCCCCCAGGCCCCCGGCGAUGAAGCGCCCCUGGGCGGCCGGCCCCCAGCGCUGGCCACGACGCAGCCAACUUACAAAGAUGACGCAGACCUGGCGGUGUUAAAGUGGGAACCGGAAACAUCUGGGGAGCCCCGCCACCGUUCUCCGAGUAGGUCUCUGUCCGUCCCUGGCAGGCCCCGGCCAGCUCCCCCACCGCAGAGACCCCCCCCCUCCACAGCUGGCUUCGUGAAGAAGUCCGCCUCGGACGCGUCCAUCUCGUCGGGCACGCAGGGGCAGUAUUCCAUCUUGCAGACGGCCAGGCUGCUGCCCGGAGCGCCUCAGCAGGCGCCCAAAGCCAGGGCCGGCAUCAGCAAGCCUUACAACGUCAAGCAGAUCAGGACCACCAACGCCGAGGAGGCCGAGGUGGCCAUCCGCUGUCUCCUGGAGGCCAGAGGAGGAGAAGCCCUGAAUGCCACAGUCCCCCAGCCGGAGGCACCCCCGGCGCUGCCCCGCCGGCCGGCACCCAGAGUCCCAGCACUCAGGAAACCCACGUUGCGAAGGACGGGGAAGCCCCCGUCACCCGAGGAGCCCCCCGCAGAAGCGCCUGUCCGGUUCACCGUCGGGCCCCCGGAGACCAGCCUCGACUCGCUCCCCACGGCUGCCGCCCCGCCCAUCCCCAAGCCAAGGACACUGCAGCCUGGGAAAGGGUCGGAGAGAAGGCCGGAGAGGAGGCCAGAGCGGGUCCCUCUGGACGCUCCGCCCCCCGUGCCCCCCAGGAGGAAGAAGUCGGCCCCCGCCGCCUUCCACCUGCAGGCCCUGCAGAGCAGCCCAGAGCUCCUUGGCAUGCUCUCCCAUGGCAACGGGACCCCCGGCCCCACACUUGACAGUUCCCCGGAGAGGGCGUCAGGGGCAGCCUCCGUGCCUGGCCCGCAUCAGGAUCCCUUCUGGAACCUUCUCCAGCAGCCUCGCCUCCCGGGGGACUUUGAGUCCGAGGGCACGGGGAGCCAGCCGACGGCACUGGCGGCCCCGCUGCAGGACACAGGCCCCGCCGACACUGAGUGGCCCCGGGAGACGGUCAGCGACGAGGACCGGAGGACAGUGCUGCAGGCCUUUGACCCGCUGACGGAGACAUGACAGAGACGAGCGUCCCGCGGGCCCCGGGGCGCCUGGCCUCCCCUCAUCCAAAGACAUGUCUGCCUGGUGGACGCUGACGGCACCUUGUCACCACAGCUGUGUCCCGCUCACCGGAGAUGAAUGUCCGACCACUAGAUCCAGCCAGAUCCAACCAGAUCCAGCACGCUGUGCCCAGACUUGUGCAUUUUAAAGCUCCCCCUGGGGCAGGACCCCCGGGCUGGGACUCAGUGCGUGUGGACUGGUUGCAGGCCAGGGGUUCUGAGCUGACAAGGAAGACCCAAGAUCUUGUCUCCUGUUGGCUUUUAAAAGGCUGUUUGAUGGUGUGUGUGUGUGUGUGUGUGUGUGUGUGUGUGCGCGCGCGUGCGUGCGUUGUAGCUUUUUGCGUCUGUUUCACUGGUGUACAGAUUUGGAAGGGCAUUUGGCGGCCCACCUGCAGGCGGCUGCUGAGAGUCGGGGCUGUACUCACAGGUAGGGGACCAGCUAGCGCUGUACCUGCUGGUCCUCCCCGGGGGACACGGAGGUUAGCCAGUGACUGUGCCCCCGAGCCCUUGCCUGGAUGUACCUGAUCAGGAGUGAGUCCCUCGGGCACUGCACACGCUGUUCUGAGCAUCUGGCGUUCACUCGCCCUGACCUGCCGCUGAGUAGAGGUGUCCGAGCCGGGUCUUAGAGCUUAUAACCCACGGGUUCCUCGGAGCCCGAGUCUGGGUCUUCCUGAACCAGCUUUUUUAGGCAGUCUGCUCCCUCCUCAGCUACCCCUCAUGGACCCAUUCUUCCCUUCUCUUCCAAACCCUGUAAAAGCACAACGCAUGAAGCCAGAGCUAUAAUACAGAGGGCGCUACGUGUUAGUUGGAACCCCAGCACCCCGUCUGGGUCCCCCAAGCACUACCAGGGGUAAUUCCUGAGUGCAGAGCCAGGAACGACCCCUGAACAUUGCUGAUGUGCCCCCCUUCCAAAAGAAAAAAGCACCAAAUGUGAAACCUCACGCUGGCACCACUGUUGGGCUCCUUAUUGGGACAAGAAGAAUAUUUGCACUUGGCUCUCUCCCCGGAGGGGAGCUACCCCGUGACUCCACCAAUUAGGACCCGCCAGACUGCGUGUGUGUGUGUGUGUGUGUGUGUGUGUGUGUGUGUGUGUGUGGUUUGCUUUUCGCCUGUAUAUUUCCUAGGUGUUUCCCACACGUCUUCUUGCCUACUUGAUCCUGUACAAAGACAUCGCUAAGCUGUUGAACAUGCUCUCACGAUCUGAGCACUAGGGGAAGGUUGCAUGCUUGCACUGGCACAGUUGUGACGAGUCACAUGCCCUGUGUGGAGUGUUUCCUGCGCCGGGUCACACAGCAGUGACUCUGUCGCCCCUGGUGUGACAGAUGCCCUGGGAAUGAUGCUAACUGUCCCCGGGGCCAUUUCUCACCAUCCCCGACUGUGAAUCUGAGACUCCAGCCCCAGUCAAGCCCUGGUUGCUGUCCAGUCUGAAAACCGGAUUUUAAAGAAAAGUUAUUUGUUAGCAUGGUGUGGAACGGGUCCUGGGCACGGGGGGGCGGUGUGCUCACUCCGCUGUCCCACCCCCCCAUUUCUAAACGACUUUUCUGGCCUUCGCUGAUGAAGACACCUGUCAUGCAUGAGGACCCAAUGUUAUUUUUAACAGGCACCAAGAUCAAGAACAGCAGCUUCCCACGGGUUCAGGGAGGAGCACAGCAAACCACAUUGAUCAUGGGGGAGGCAAGGGGCAUGGAAUUGAAGAUUCCUGGGUCCACGGUUCACACACGCACACGUGCACACACACACACACACACACACACACACACACCCCUCUUUUUCUCCCAUAAAAGGAAGUGGAUCUGGAGGCCAGUAUUUGUACCCACAGGUCCAGAGAUCUGGGGCAGAGGGACACCAUGCCCGUGGCUGGCAUCGCGGGCAGUGAUGGUCAUUGUCUUUGGCCCAGCUGGGUCAUGUCCAGAGAACUGAAUUUCAGUCACAAUUGUCAUGUGUCGCAUGGGAGUGCUCAAGAAUUCAACAGUGUUCGUGCACCGUGGCGAGGGGCAGGACUGAGCAAAGACAGCAGUGCGUGUUUGAUCAGUGAUGUGAUUGGAGAUAUGUGAGGUUCCGGAUAUAAAGAGAACCACUAGCAUUGCCUUAUUUUUUUUCCCAGUCACUGCUUGGCUAUGGGUAGAUUUCUGAGGGCUGCCAUGGCAGUGGGCAUGGCCAGGACUCUGAGCUGAGUGUGGUACGGGCCUUUGCACUGCCAUUCCCGAUCCCUGGGCCUUUGCACUGCCAUCCCUGACCCACCUGCGGGGCAUCGCCUUCUCUACAGGCAACACUUCGCUGCCGAGCAUUUCAACCACUUCAAUAAUGUGCACCCGCCUCGGCGACCGCACUCAUAUAUUCCCUUUGACAGCCUCAUCUUCUUGCCCUAUUUUGUUUUCCAUGGUUCUGGUAAAUGCACGUGUGCAGACAGUGCCUGUAAAUGUUUGGGAAGACAAUAAAACUCUCCAGCCGUGUCUAAGCCGCGUGACAUGCUUGUCUGCUGUGUUGUGGGAGCAGCACCACCGGGACAGAAGGCGCCAGUGUUAUUUAUUGGGCGACUCGCAAUGAAUAAACACCCUCCAUGUUUGAAGUGUGACCACGUAUACAGAUGUUGUGAAAAUACCUAUUAAAUGUUUUGUCUUUUUUAAA